AUGUGCUGCCGGCCAGACCCUUCAUUGGCCACGCCAGGCUACCCCGUGGCGUUUUCGGCCUUCGUGCCGCAGCCGCCAAAGCAAAAUGAUGUUUUGCAGGAUCUGCUCUGCGGCCAACUGGGGGAGAUGUUUACCGGCAAUGUCCUGUACCAGAUCAUUUUCUGGUUCUUGAAGUGGGAGACCGGCAUCGACGCAUUGCUUCACCACAUAGGCUUCUUUCUGGCCGGGGUCUUGAUCCUGAACCUGGCAGUCUAUCCCAAACUGGCCAGCAGUGCCAUGUGCAUGGAGGUCUCGAGCAUCUUCCUGAGCACGCACUUGAUGUUCCGUCAAAUUGACGGCAAGCUUUGCGCCCUCCUCUCUGAUGUGGCUGCCGCUUUUUUUGCCUUGACGUUCCUGACGAUUCGCAUCCUUUGGUUUGGCUAUUGCGUGGUGGACUUCAUCUACCAUGCCUGGAUGGAGCCGGAGAUUCCCCAGAAUGUGGGCGUAACCAAAUCCGUCAUCGCCGCAGCUGUGUUUGGUUUGGGCUGGAUCUUGCAGCUCUACUGGUCACAACUGGUGGUGUCCAAAGCUGCCAAAGCUGCCAAAGCGAUGUUGGGCCUCACUUAAGAUCCUGAGAUGACCCAAGCAGUUGAUCUUGUUGCCCAGAUCUGGGGAUUGGAGUCC